AUGGAAUUUACUCACUUGAAACCCACUACUUUUGCGGGUGGUGCUGACCCAAUCAUGGUUAAGAAUUGGGUGCAGGAGAUGGAGAAGAUGUUGAUAGUGUUGAGUUGCACUAAGAAGCAAAAGGUUCUCUUCGCCACCUUCAAGCUGACAGGAGAGGCCGAGCGGUGGUGGCUAGCGGUUAAGCUGUUAGAGGAGAUGCGGCCAGUACCCGUAGUUAUGACCUGGAAUCAUUUCAAGGAGGUCUUCUAUGACCGGUAUUUUCCCGCCACCACCACGGAUGCAAAGGCAGAGGAAUUUCUUAACCUGACCCAUGGGCACCUCGUUAUUCAACAGUACGCUACUAGGUUUGUGGAACUGUCUCGCUUCGCCCCCUACAUGGUCCUAGAUGAAUAUAGAAAGGCGCAAAGGUUUGAGAGGGGCCUAAACAGAGCAUCCACGAGCAGGUGA